AUGGCUUUUGUAUGGGCGUUGAGCUGUUAUGCUAGACGUGUUCUUUUUUACCUUGCCUGUCAUGGAUUUAAGAUAGGGUUUGCUGCUUAUGGGCUUGGAGCCUGGCCUGAAAUAUUUUUCCUGUGCUAUGUGCCUUGCUUGUACUUCUCAGACGAAGAUCUUAUUCAAGAUCAUGAAAAUGACCCUACAAUUGAACAUAUUAUCACUCCUCGUAUAGCUCUUACUACUGUUGAAUAUUUGGCUUAUGAAUGUGGGAAGAAUGUUCUUGUCAUACUUACAGAUAUGAGUUCUUAUGCUGUUGCUCUUCGUGAGCAAUGUCUCAAACACGGGAACCUCCUCCUCGCCGGAUCCUCCGACAAAACAAGAACCAUCUCCCACACGACAUCGUACUCAACAUCUUGGCAAGGCUGCCUGUCAAAUCAGUCCAAAGAUUCAGGUGCGUCUCCAAAACCUGGGACUCCUCUAUCGCCACUCCUAAUUUCAUCUCCAACCACCUUUUUUUAUCACAAAAACAACAACAACAACUUAGCUUAUCUCAUAAGCUUUCCUCCAAUCUUUAUCGGUGGUUACGACCACGCAUUUAAUAGGAUUUCCGAGUACCCAAUUCCCUUUGCUUUUCUUGUAUCUUAUGCCCCAUCAGCUGGUUCAUGCAACGGCCUGGUGUGUCUCUAUCAAUUUAGAAACGCUUCCACUAAUGCUGAUCCUAUAUAUUUGUGGAACCCCAGCAUUAGAAAAUUUAAGAGGUUGCCUGAUUUUUCCUUAACACAUUGUCAUCGGGUUUCUACUCGAUUUGCUUAUCAGUCUGAGACCAAUGACUACAAGGUUGUCAAUAUCUAUAAAAUGCCUGCACCCAACCACCACCAUGGGGUUGAGGUUGAGGCUGAGGUUUACACAUUAAGCUCUAACUCUUGGAGAAAGAUUGGAAUCCCAGUGACAAACUUUUUUUUGUCCUUCCCCUUCAUCAAUACCACUUCCACAUUUGUUAGUGGGGCUUUGCAUUGGUUGGGAUACAUUUCUGAAGCCGCAUUUCCUUACGUGAUUUUGUCAUUUGAUGUCAAUAAUGAUAAAUUUGGAGAGAUAGCACUUCCUGAUGUACAACAACUGCUACCAAAUUAUCUGAUGGUGUUCAAGGGGAAACUGGCCUUCAUUACAUUGGGUUACCGCCACAUCAGUGGCGUCAUCAACUAUGAAUACAGAGACUUUAUGAAUUCUCAUCGUAAUUCAUGCUUCAUAUGGGUGAUGAGGGAGUAUGGUGUGCACGAAUCAUGGAGUAAACUUUUUUUUGUCAAGUUUGAAAAUGUUAACUUUGUACAGUUCUUUGGUUGCACCAGUCUCGGCGAACUGCUAGUUAUAAAGAAUGGAGUUUAUCCCGAAUCCAACGCUGAACGGAGACGCACGGUGAUUGUUUUGCUUGACCUUGAAACUUUACAUGAGAAGGAUCUUGGUUUCCAGAUUGCUCCACAUAUGGCUCAUUCUUUCAUGGAAAGCCUUGUGUUACUUGAUGGAGCAACUGAGCUAUCUGGAUAAGAAGUGAAAUCAUUAGUGAUAAUCAUAGGAUUUUGUUAUGUAAUUGUGAUACAAAUGAGACAGUUAUCAUGUUGUUCCCUUUGGUAUCAUUUUGUUUUGAGGUAGGCAAAAAAGUAUUGAUGUAAUGUAGGUGAAUUUUAUUUUUGAUUUGUAUCAAACCUUAAUGAUUCUUAGGAAUCUCAUAUUAUGUCUCAUAUGUGUGCUGUGAUCUGGUGUUGUCUAAAUCCUAGAGCUACUGCUGUGUGCUUUGAUCUGGUGCUGCCUGAGCCUAUGAGCUGCUCUGGUGCUAUGUUAAGUAGUGAAUGUGUAAGAAAAGCUUGCUUGCUUGUAUGAACUAAUUCAAGACCAGUUGUAAUUACUUAGGCAUGUGUAUGCUGAUAAGGGCAGUAUUAUGCUAGCUUAAUAGUGUAGCAGAAUUUAGAGCAUGUGCUCAGUUGUUGGAGCAUGUGACUAAUUGGUAGGUUGUUAGAGGUAGUUAUGCCAGCUGGCCAAAGGAGUUACUAGAUCAGCUAGGUAGUUUAUCUACUGGUCAGGAUGGUACAUGUACAAAUAGGUAUUUGGCCUUGUAAGGAGAUCAUGUAGAAAUUAACCAACAAUUUUGUUUCCUGUUCUCUCUUCCCCCUCUCAAUUCUUGGUGGUCAGUCAUAUCCUUCAAUGUUUCAAUCAACCCUUAAACACUACCUGCCACCAAAGCUCUUAGCAAUGCCUGUGGCAAUUUCAUGAAAGAAUUAUGACAUUUUACUUGUAACUUUUUGUGUGCCUCUCUGAUGGUGUUAUAACUUGUAAACAAUUGGAUUAAAGACCUUAUUUAUAUCCAACCAAAUAAAAUAAAAACAGAGAAAAAGAGAGCGAAAAGAAGAAGCUCUAAGGUGAGAAUGUCGGGAUUAGAUUAGAGAUCUUGCUACAAUCCAAACAAAAUAAAAUUAAAAUGGAACAAAAAAGAGGGAAGAAAAGAAGCCCUAAGAUGAGAAUGUUAAAAUUGUGAUGUGGAAGUUCUUAUUUGGCGAGCAUAGGCCCAGCAAAUGUCUUGUGCUUGGUUCCUUGAUCAGAAUGAUAUAUAUCUUGCUAGAGGCUGCUGUGCAUUUGCCAUGCAAUUUUUAUGACAAAAAGCUCAUUCAACUGACAGAUAAACAUUUCCAAGAAAAUUGAGCUUGUGA